AUGAGUAAUUUACCAUUCCUACCAGGACUUUCCUUUAACCAAAAUCUUGGUAAAAACAAUUUUAGCAAAUCACAUCAGUUUGAUCUUCAAAAUGGCGUUGCAGUGUUUGUUGGAGAAGAAAAACCCGGUAUCGGUGGAGAGCCUGUACAAGGACAGAAACUCAAGCCAAAGUUUACUACCUAUCCAAAAUCCGAUGGUUUUGGUAGUACACCGGCCUGGAUCGCAUUUGACAAACAAGUUUUAAGAUUUGAUGCUUACUUUCAAGAGGCUGUUCAGGAACGACGCGAAGAAAACUACAGAAUUCGAAUGUGUAAAGUCUUAUUUUACUUGGAAGAUGACACCAUCCAAGUUGUAGAAUCACAGCAAAGAAACAGUGGUAUGCCACAAGGCACUAUUCUUCGCCGCCAUCGUAUUGCGCUACCUUCACCUAAUGACGACGAGUUUUAUUCAGUGGAUCAUUUUAACAUUGGAAACGAACUCAGCUUUUAUGGUAAAACAUUUAAAAUUGUGGAUUGUGAUGUUUUUACUCGUAAUUUUCUAAAAAAAUUGGGAGUUAAACUUAAUGAUCCUAUUGGAGCUCCGAAAGAUCCUUACACUGAACAUCGCAGAAAACUGGAUGACAGCAUGCAGCCUAGGCGGCCAUAUGAGAAAGAAGACAAUCUUAAGCAAUUCUUAGAACAUGAUAGACAUGUUUUGCGCUUUUACUGCUUAUGGGAUGACACAGAAAAUAUGUUUGGCGACGAGCGGGAAAUGAUCUUACACUUCUUCUUAGCUGAUGAAACCAUUGAAAUACGUGAAGCUAUACCUCCCAAUGCUGGCCGGGAUACCACAUCUAUCUUUAUCCAUCGCCAGAAGUUGCCAAGGGGCCCUACACCUUUACUACAGCCUGGCGAGAAGACGAAUCGAACUGUCUUAAAUGUAUUUGGCACAGCUAGCCGUGGUGGACGCUAUAUUAUUGAUAGCUUAAAGACCGGAUCUAUUGCUAGCGAUUUCUAUACAGAGCGCGAUCUAGCUAUUGGAAACGUUUUAAACGUAUAUGGUCGACGAUUUUUGCUAUGUGACUGUGAUGAAUUCACCAAAGAAUAUUACAGUACAAAAUAUGGAAUAAAAGAUAUAAAACCAAUCCAAAUCCGAGCCCCUCCACAACCUUUACCUCCAAGACAGUACCCACCCUACAACGGAUUUGGUUCUGAGGAAGACUCCUUGGGUAACUGUUUAAGCUUAAUUCCAAAACCACCGAGAAGAGAUUUCAUUAAAUUCGUAGAGAAGGAUCGAAAGGGUUUGGAGACCAACAUUUUGCGAUUCUACGCAAAGAUGGAUACGGCUAAGCCAAUUGAUGUUGAUCGACGUUUCAUUGUCUCGUACUUUCUUUCGGAUGAUACAAUUAAGGUUUUUGAACCACCACAAAGGAAUUCAGGUAUCAUUGGUGGCAAGUUUUUUGAAAGAGGAAGAGUGGCUGAUCCUAGCCGUAGUACAGAAGGCAAUACCACUUACUACAGUGCUAACGAUUUAUUUAUUGGUGCAAGAGUUAUCUUUUAUCGUCAUCAAUUUAUACUAAUUGAUGCUGAUGAAUACGCAUUUAGAUAUAUGGAGAAAAAUGCUCGUGAGUUUCCAUAUUCCGAUAUCAACCGAAUUAUAAAUGUCUUAAGGAAUCACAUGACAGAUAAAGAGAAAGUCAAAGGAUUAUUGAUAAAUCAUGAUCCAACUGGUGCUGGUGAAAUUCCAUAUGAAGCGCUACGACAUGCUAUUCGCCAAAUUACUGGCAAUACUUUGAAUGAGCACGAAUUGAUGACUCUUGGGCGAUAUUACGGAGAUGUUCGGGAUGAUACAACUAUAGAAGAUUUAGCGGCAGCUAUGCAAGAGCAAUUAAAGCAGAGUGGAUACGACAGGUACCAAGGCUUAAGGGAUAUUUUUACACACUACGAUAAUGAUAGGAGUGGCUGCUUAGAUAAAUAUGAACUGUUAAGAUUGUGCCGAUCUCAUCAACUGCCAGUUAAGAACGGUUUACUGUGGGCAUUGAUCGCUAGAAUGCCAAAUAAUAAAAGAGAGAUGGUAUCUUAUAAUGAAUUUAUUCACCUUAUCAACUGGACAGUUAAUCCAAUUGAUGUAAGAACUCCUCCAAAAGUCAAACAGACUCUUGACAGGUUGGCGACUGAGAGAUGGGAUGACCAAGAAAAUGAUCAAUCCAAGCCGCAAAGUGUCAAUCUUGUUUACUAUAAAAAUUUCUUAAAUGAUGUAUGUGGCCAAGAAUCAUAA